AUGUACAAUCGCCUAGUUAUUCCUGUAGUUGUAAACGGUCUAUUUAUAGUUCAGUUCAACAAACUCGACUUGGAGUAUCUUAAUUUAUCAUCAUCAUCAUCAUCAUCAUCAUCAUCAUCAUCAUCAUCAUCAUCAUCAUCAUCAUCAUCAUCAUCAUCAUCAUCAUCAUCAUCAUCAUCAUCAUCAUCAUCAUCAUCAUCAUCAUCAUCAUCAUCAUCAUCAUCAUCAUCAUCAUCAUCAUCAUCAUCAUCAUCAUCAUCAUCAUCAUCAUCAUCAUCAUCAUCAUCAUCAUCAUCAUCAUCAUCAUCAUCAUCAUCAUCAUCAUCAUCAUCAUCAUCAUCAUCAUCAUCAUCAUCAUCAUCAUCAUCAUCAUCAUCAUCAUCAUCAUCAUCAUCAUCAUCAUCAUCAUCAUCAUCAUCAUCAUCAUCAUCAUCAUCAUAA